GUCCAUGCUGGGCAGAAUCCGCGCGCAGGCCUUCAGCUUUGACCAGACGUUUCAGGCCUACAGGAAGGAUGAGUUCCUGCUGGUUGGGACCAGAAGCUUCAGCCCACAUCCUUGCAUAUGGUAACGUGUAUUCUACAAAGUGAACCAACACCUGGCCUCUCUUCUAUAACUACAGAUCAUUCAGUGAAGAUAUCUUGUAACAUAUUCAGUCAUUCUUCUCUUGAUGGAAGCAGUGAGGCUGUUUGCAGGUUCUGAGGCUUUUUUCAAAGAUCCAAAUGUCAUUUCCAAUUUGAAGUUACUUUCAGAUUCUCCUGGACAGUGGAUUACAUUAGGAACUGAAGUGAAAAAAAUUGAUGCUACAAAUGUUCCUUGCACACAGCUUUCAAUGUCAUUUUUUAAUCGAUUAUAUGAUGAAGAUAUAGUCCGGGACAAUGGAAAUAUUGUUAAAUGUUUAGAUUCUUUCUAUGAUCCUUUUCUUAUUUCUGAUGAGUUACGAAAAGUUUUGCUAGAGGAAGACUCAGAAAAAUAUGAAAUAUUCAGCCAACCAGAUAGAGAAGAAUUCCUGUUUUGUCUUUUUAAACAUCUUUGCCUUGGUGGUGCUCUUUGUCAGUAUGAGGAUGUACUUACUCCAUAUCUAGAAACCACAAAGCUUAUCUAUAAGGAUCUAGUGAGUGUUCGAAAAAUUCCUCAAACCAAGAAAAUACAAAUUACCUCUUCUGUCUUUAAAGUUACAGCAUAUGAUUCUGUUGGUGUGUGCUACCCUUCCACAAAGAGUCAUACACAGACGUUUUCUUACUUUAUUGUGGAUCCUAUCAGACGUCAUGUUCAUGUUUUGUACCACUGCUAUGGUGUGGGGGACAUGUCUUAAUAGUGUUUUUGCAGGUUGUUCAUAUUUACUGUUACCUGUUUUUUUUUUUUGUUUUUUUUUUAUAUUACUACUGAUUUAGAUCUUCAUAUCUACAUUUAUUUUGCAAGUUAACUCAAGUAAAAUGUUAACAUUCAUAGAACAGAGGAUAUCAGACACCAAUAUGGCUUACUUUAAAUGAAUUUAGAACACUAAAUUCAAGAGUCAAAUUCUAAGUGGGCAGAUAGCAUAAUGGUUAUAAAAAAGACAUUCAUGCCUGAGGUUCUAAAUUCUCAGGGUCAGUGCCGCACUCUACCUUAAGCCAGAGCACAGUAGUGUUCUAAGAAAAAGAAAAAAAAAGUCAGAAUUAAAUCCUGUCCUAAACAUACUCUAUACCAGUACAGUUGUAUUUUUAUAGAAAGCUACAGAGAACUAAAAAUCUAAUUCAUAUUACACUAAGAUUCAAGUGAGUCCCUAUCCCCAUUUUUCCAUGUAUUUUAGUUUAUAAGCUAAUUCAUUCUGGAUUAAUAUUGUAACAGAAAGCUAAACAUCUCUAUCAGUGUUUAAUAUGAGUUUUUAAAGUUGAUUUUCAUUUAAUUACCAUUCUUCAUUGCAUAAAGAUUUACACCUCUAUAUAAAAGAACUGUAGAAAAACAGUUCUUUGCUUCAUUUGUUCCACUUAAAGCCCACAAUAAAAAAUAAUGUUCUGAACAUAA